UUCUCACUCCCCAAACGAAACAUUCAUAACUCAGAAUUUAAACGUCGUUAAUCUGAAUUAACAAGGCUAGUAUUGAUACUUUAUUUAUACUUUUUCUUUACAUACACACACACAUAUAUAUAUAGAGCGAGAGAGAAAGAGAGCUCGAUUAAAGAGUACUGAGUUCUACCAAAAUUACGAAGUCAUUGUUGGAUCAUGUCUAUGGCUUUACAAGACGCCCAAACUUCCAACUGUGCAAGAAUAUCAAGUCCCGCACUGGUACCUGGGGAUGCAGUUCUAGUCCAACUCAGUAAGGGGCUUGACGAAGAAACUAUUCAAAAGCUGCCUGUUUUCUUAUUUGGUGAGACAUAUUGUAAAGGUACUGUCAAAGAAAGUGAGUGCCCAAUUUGUUUGGGGUUAUUUAGAGAUGGAGAAAUGGUUAAGUUAUUGCCGGAUUGCCACCAUACAUAUCAUGCUGAAUGUAUAGAUAAAUGGCUCUCAUCCCACUCAAAUUGUCCUCUUUGCCGAGCUUUUCUCCAUCUCAACUCUACUAUAAUUUCAGUAGUUACUGCAUGAGUUGCACCAGGAACCAAGAAUGAAGUGAUAAUCAAAUGUAUUGUAAAUUCAUUCUUUUUGUUGUUUGGUUUGCAAGUAAUGUCCCAAUUUGUAAAAUCUGCUUAUUAAUUUGAUGAAGAGUCAAGUUAUAUAUGCUGACACUAUAGUGAGAUUUAACUGGUUAUAGCAAGUUAGAAAUUUGGCACUGUACUGAGAUUUAAUUUGUUAUAGCAAGUUAUUAUACUCUA